GCAUUUUACAAUUUUUAAUAAAACAUUGUGUUGUUGAUUGUAUUUGAAAAUCUGUUAGUCAUUUGCUCAUUGUAGUUGCAUGUUCCAGCUGUGCAGCACCGUCAUUGUAAAAGUUUUUCUUGCCACUGCUCUGCAUUCAAGGCAUUUUAAUGAUUUAUUGAAUGUCAGGUCCCUUCAUUUGACUUACCUUUAAAUUACAGGGGGCUUUGUGACACAAAGUAUCAAUAUUGAUCAGGUAUAAAGUUUUGAAAUAUGUACCAGUUACAGUGGCUUGCAAAAUAGAUUCUAAGUUUGAAUUAAGUUUGAAACUCUUUCAAGGUACUAACUUAGCUGAAGUAUAAUAAUAAUAAUAAUAAUAAUAAUAAUAAUACUUCUGAUACAAAUGCGGCUGUAAGGCCCAACUGUUGUGUCACUUUGUACUGCCUAAGGGACAGUGGACAGCGACACAGUACUCCACCACAGUUCACCAUGCUAUGCUGGAGUCACUGGGACAUGGACAUCAUCAUCAUGCCUCCAUCCAUCUUCGUCUGAGCCUACUAGCCUAGCUUUGGCAUUCUUGCACAUUAGCUCAGCGCCACCCUGGAUAUUUGCAUUCAAGGAUUUUUUUUUUUUCCCCCUUGGAAUGAUCUUGGAGCAAAUCAAGUCACGAGAAUUCCACGACGACGUUCACCGGCGGCGCACAAUCACGCGGCUGCACGGAGCGCGUCGCUCUGUAAACCGCCACGCUGCUUUCGCUCCAGCGCCAUCUACUUCCAGAAAAUGGCUGAAACGGGCGCUUUAGAGGGACACGUCCUGCUUCGCAUGUGAAUCAUGUCGAGAGAGGCGCGACGGACAUGACGGUUCGGGGCGCAGCGCGCAGCGCGCAGCGCCGUUUGCGUUUCCUGACAACGAGCGGCGCUCCGUCACGCGGUGAGACAAGGAAGGAGGAGGAGGAGGAAUCGAGGCUGCGAUACGGGAGCAGCGGCCCCUUCUUCUCCUGCCGGGGUCCAGGGGGACACGCACGGUGAGAAAGCCUGAGAGUGAGAUCGAGUCGUCACGGUCAGCAGGAUUCUUUCGUUAUAAGACUCCGAGUGACUGCGAAGAGCUAAGCCAUGAACUUGACUGAUGCGUGCUUUAACCACCUAGUGGCUCGUUUUUUUGAAUGGCAAACCGUUAAGCCAAUUGCAAUAAGGAGGAGAUGCAUUUCCGCACCGUGUUUAUUUUCGACACCUCGGGAGAAUAAGAGGACGCAACGCCGGAGCGCGUAGAGAGCGGCGACCCGAGCGCGAGGCUCUCGCAUUCAUCCGGGGACACUGACUGACUGCCAGAGUGGGCUGGCUGGCUGGCUGGCUGGCUGGCUGGGCGCCUCGGACCCUGUCACGGCAGGAGCCCCCCCGAACACGAAGUAAACACUCGAGCUCACACAGCCAUCGUGGAUUUGCUAAGCACCGUGCGUCCGAUGGCGUCUCCGCUCGGCUGAGAUGUUGGUGUCGAGCGUAAAGCGCUGUGUGGUGGCGCUUCACCGGCCCCGGCGCUGAUCGCGCGCUUUCAGCACCCUGGUCCUGGACAGCGGCUCGACUCGGCUCGGCUCGGCUCGGCGCGGCUCGGCUCGGUGCCCCGCCGCACGCGCGGGGAAGCCCGCCGUCACCCCCGAUGUCUCCUUUCACUUGCCGCGGCGCUGCCUUCUCGCCGUCCCGUUAGUCGGGGACACUCGGUGACAUUCGCGCGAAUGAUGAGGCUCGCGCUGCGGGUCCUGUUCCGAGUAGUAGCAGCGUGGGUGCGCGUCCACUGCUACACUGCCGAGGAUAGCAGUCUGCACACCGCAAGGGACACAUCAUCACCGUCACCAUCACCAUCAUCAUCAUCAUCAUCUUCGCCACUGGGCGAGGGGGAGCACCGUUUCACUCAGCAAUGUGAAUCACGAAAGGUCCAUUUUGUGAAAUGUAUGAUGCGUCUUUCUUGUGUGACGAAUUCUGGAGUUAGAAUCAGGUGAAAUUGUGUGGAACAUCAGCCCUUGUCCUCACCCAUCAACAUGACCAACCCAGAGGCCUCCCAGCAGCCUGGGGUGUCAGACCUAGAGAUCAUCUCACAGCAGGUGGAGGAUGAGAACCAGUGCAUUGCUCCAGUCCAGCUGGUCAGCUUUGCCUACAGGGACCUCCCGCUAGCAGGCCUGGACCUCUCCCUUGCAGGGUCCCAGCUCCUGUCCAACAUUGAUGAAGAGGACACCAGAGAAGGGUCCAACUGGCUGAAGCCAUGCUGCGGGCGACGGGUAGCACUGUGGCAAGUCUGUUUGCUGAGUGCAGGCUUCAACUGCUUUUUGGUGGCCUGUGUGGUCAUUGUGGUGAUGUUCCUGGCCUUGGAGCUUCUCAUAGACACCAAGCUUCUCCAGUUUACGAACGCCUCCCAGUUUGCCAGCAUCAUCCACUGGAUAAGCCUUGUUAUCCUUUCGGUGUUCUUCUCGGAGACUGUGUUCAGGAUUGUUGUCCUGGGGAUCUGGGAUUACAUUGAGAACAAAGUUGAGGUGUUUGAUGGCGCAGUCAUCGUCCUCUCCCUGGCCCCAAUGGUGGCCUCCACCGUUGCCAAUGGACCCAGCAGCCCGUGGGAUGCCAUCAGUCUCAUCAUCACCCUGCGCAUCUGGAGGGUCAAAAGGAUCAUUGAUGCCUAUGUCCUCCAGGUGAAGGUGGAGAUGGAGCUGGAGAUCCAGCAGUACGAGAAGGCCAAGGCUGUGCGGGAGGACCACCUGGAACGCCUGACCCAGAUCUGUCAGGAACAGGCGUUUGAGAUCCGCCAGCUGCGGGCUCACCUGGCACAGCAGGACCUGGACCUUGCUGCGGAGCGAGAGGCAGCCAUGCAGAUCCACCAUGUGUGGGGCAAGCAGAGCAGUAACUUUCAGGUGGUGGAGGGUCUGCCCCCUGGGGAGUCUGACGAUGAGGGCCACGGCAACAUCCGAGAAGCUCCGCCCCCGGCUGAUCCCGUCAUUCGAGAUGAUAUGAACAACUACAUCAGCCAGUAUUAUAGUGAGCCCAGCAGUGAUGUGGGAGUUCCGGAUGCAGGUGCGCACAUCAUUACUACGACAGCCAUCGACGUGCACCUGCCCAAUAACCCCAAACACCUGUCGUCAGCCCUGCUGAGCGUGGAGCCCCCCGGCCGCCUGGACCGGGUGGGCAGCUCGGUGAGUGACGCUUCCACCACGGUGUCACACUCAGGAUGCAGCUUCACCACGCACAAUGAGAGCGCGAGCAGCCAGACGCUGGGCUCCUCCACCGACAGCACGGCCCGCGAGGCCUCAGCGGGCAGCCCCAACUGCCCCUUUCCGCUGGCGCAGGAGCUGCGCCACCCCAGCACCGUGGUGCAGGAGCUGCUCUCCUCCCUGUCUGAGGACUCCUGCCUAACUCAGAAGGGCCUGGACCCAGUCAACCUCAAGCUGCCCAGCCCCGCUGGCUCGGCCAAAACCAGCCCCGAGCUGGAUCACAGGGUCAACAUCUACAACAAGAAGAACCAGGAAAGCCACAGCGUGUUCCAGACCAAGCCAGUGAUACAUCUGCAGGGCCGCAAGGCCUCGCUGGAGGAGAAGUACAGAUUCCUGGAGCCCGCCAAUGCUCCGGUCGGCCACCUACCCGACACAUAGUCGACGGAAACCUGCGCUUGCAUCAGCGUAAGCAGCCUUCCUUUCAGCCAGCACUAUCAAACCAUCUUGCGUCAGAAACUAAUGCGAGUGAUGUACUCCUGCUGACCUGUUCGCGCUCAUCCUUUCGCGUGGAGCUAUAGACACACCCACCCGCCCCUCGUCUCUGAAACUCUUUGGUAACCGCAUAGGGUGCUCCGAGGCCAAAUCGCACAACUGUCCCUGUGGCGGACAACAGGAAGAGGCAUUUUAAGAACCAGCAUUGAACAAUCAUCAGGAAUUUCCAAUGUGAAAUAGUCCCAAUGUGGAAAUCAUAUUACCAGCAGGGGACCUGCUCGAGCUUUUACACAACAUCGUAUUCAAACAGUGUGAACGAUAACGAGACUGCUUUUACACAUAAUAAUUUUUCUUUCACGUGGGUUUAAAACUGUUACGUAGGGAGAGGUUCAGCGGGCGGGAUUCUUUUUUUAUUUGUAAGAAAUAUGAGAAUAUACAGUCUUCUCUGACAUGGCUACUGCAGGGUUGUUUGAUUGGAUGAGUUGUAUUCACUGUAAAUUUCUUACCUUUGUCUUUCUACAUUAAAGAUGAGGACGUUUGUACUCGUAUAGAAGGAAAUUGCUCUUUUCGGUAUUUUUAAAACCAGGAGAGCAGAUGAUUGCGAUGAAUGACUUAAAACAUUUCUUGAAUUUUGUUGGAGAAAUACUGUAAAACCGAAUGAUGUUCUGGAAUGGAAUGCUUGUAGCAUGAACCUUUAAAAAGAUCAGCUUUCUAAAUAUGGCAAACUAAUCCUGUGCACUUUAAUGUUUACAGACGUUUUAUAUACUGACCAUGGAGGGAGUGAAUUGAAGACUGCAGUUGUUGUCAUUUGAUUAAAAGUUAAGUUUAUUAAAUAAUGGGAAAUGGUAACUACUCAGUUGUUUUCUAUUGAUUAUAAACAUUGAUGUUGAACAGCGCGUACGAUUUCCAUGUAAGUUUUGUUCUGAGCACACAGCCAUGACUUAUAGCCUAUUCCGGCAAGAAGACAUACAUGCAAAUCUUGACGGUUCUUUCGUAUCACACAAGGAUUUUAUUGUUUGGCAGACAGAAGUUUUUCCCC